GAUAGAAUCUUAUCAGCUCGAUCGAAACCCAGGCUGCAGCAGGUUGCUGUGUGAACCUUUGGCCAAGCGCGCUGGAGCGCAGACGCACCGGCUCUCUGACACCUGAUCUCCUCAUUCCGGCUCACACGGUGCUUCGGGAGAGUCGAGGCGCGCACGAAACAUGUUUCCUGUCGAGAUUUCCUCACGCGCAGCAGCAGAUUAUCAACAUAAAAGCGAGGGUGAACUCCAGGGGAAGGACCGCUGCGCAUAAGAAGUGCCGUUCCGGACGUUUUCCAUGGGGCUCCGCGGAUGACGGGGCGAGCAGGCUGCGGGAUCUCAGCAUCUGCGGGGCACUUCCAACCUGGAUCAUGGCGAGAGGACUGAGAGGAGCGCACCUCCUCGCCUUGUUUUGGACCUUUUUCGGAUCGCUUUUCGGGGACACGGACGGACAAGAAACCAUCAACGGAUUCAGCUUAAGUCCCCCGUAUUUCAACCUCGCUCAGGGGUCCAUUAUUUCAGCCACAGCGACGUGUGGCCAGGAUGAGUCUGGAGCUCCCACCCAUGAUUUAUACUGCAAACUCGUCGGGGGACCAACUUCUGCACAUCCCCACAACUUUCAGGGUCAGAACUGUGACUACUGCGCCUCUGGAGUGCCAGACAAAGCCCAUCCUGUGACCAACGCCAUCGAUGGGACAGAGCGAUGGUGGCAGAGCCCCCCUCUCUCCAGGGGAUUGGUGUACAAUGAGGUGAACGUCACGCUGGACCUUGGUCAGCUUUUCCAUGUUGCAUAUGUUCUAAUAAAGUUUGCCAAUUCACCUCGUCCUGAUCUGUGGGUGUUGGAGCGCUCAGUGGACCAUGGAAGAACCUACACGCCAUGGCAGUAUUUUGCACAUUCAAAGCAUGAAUGCAUUGAACGUUUUGGAAAGGAGCCCAACGCCCGAGUGGUGGGAGACGACGAUCAGCUCUGCACGACGGAUUACUCGCGGAUUGUGCCAUUGGAGAAUGGAGAGAUUGUCGUCUCUCUUGUCAACGGACGUCCAGGAUCCAGAAACUUCACGUACUCACCGCGACUUAGAGACUUUACAAAGGCCACGAACAUCCGCCUGCACUUCCUCCGCACCAACACACUGCUGGGUCACCUGAUAUCCAAGGCUCAGAGAGACCCCACUGUCACGCGGCGGUAUUACUACAGUAUCAAAGACAUCAGCGUCGGGGGGCGCUGCGUGUGUCACGGCCAUGCAAAGGUGUGCGGUGGCCCGCGUAACUACGACAACCCAAACAGACUCCAGUGCGAGUGCCAGCACAACACCUGUGGCGAUUCAUGUGACCGCUGCUGCCCAGGUUUCAACCAGCAGCCAUGGCGGGCCGCGACUGUUGACAACCCCAACCAGUGUCAGCCCUGCCAGUGCUUCUCUCAUGCCUUCGACUGCUAUUACGACCCGGAGGUGGAAAGAACGGGAGCAAGUUUGGACACCUACGGCCGCUACAAUGGAGGAGGUGUCUGCAUCAACUGUCAGCACAACACUGCGGGUGUGAACUGUGAGAGAUGUCAGGAAGGCUUCUUCAGGCCGUAUGGAGUUCCUCCUGAAUCCCACACCGGGUGCAUCCAAUGCAGAUGCGACGGAAGGAUGACAGCCGGCUGUGAAAUGGGGUCUGGACGCUGCAUCUGCAAACCGCAGUAUGAGGGAGAGGACUGUGGCCGCUGCGCUGCCGGCUACUAUCAGUACCCACUGUGUAUUGCUUUUCCUGUUUAUCAGAGGACCACCACUCCUGCAGGACCUAUAAUAGCCUGCCCACCAGGUUAUUUUGGCUCCACCAGCUGUCAACCGUGUCCAUGUGACUCCAGAGGGACGGAGUACCAGGUGUGUGACCCGUCAGGUCGCUGUUUGUGUCGUCAGGGUGUGGAGGGGCAGGGGUGUGACCGCUGCAGACCUGGGCAUCACUCCUUUCCCACAUGCCAGGCUUGUCCUUGUGAUGGCGCUGGUGUGUCAGACAGCAUCUGCAGUCCGACGGGUCAGUGUAUCUGCUUCCCCAAUUUCCAGGGGCAGGAUUGUGACCAAUGUGCGUCUGGUUACUAUGGAUACCCCGAUUGUGCUGCCUGUCAGUGUUCUUCUGAAGGCUCCUACGGCUCCACGUGCAACUCCUUGUCGGGUCAGUGCCUGUGUCUCCCAGGUGUGGUGGGUCAGCAGUGUGACCGCUGUGCCUCGGGACUCAGCUUCCCCUACUGCUCAGCACCUAUCAUUCAGUGCAAUCCAGCAGGAACAGAAACCACUGACCCUCAAACGGCCUCCUGCCGCUGCCUAUUGAACACUGAGGGAAAGCUGUGCGACAGGUGCAAGCCUCUGUACUGGAACCUGGCACCGGAGAAUCCUCGUGGCUGUACAGAGUGUCGGUGUGAGCUGAGAGGGACGCUGAGUGGCGUUGGGGAGUGUGAUCAGAAAACAGGACAAUGUCACUGCAAACCAAACAUAUGUAGCCAGUCCUGUGACAGCUGCAGUGAUGGGUAUUACCUGCUGGAGAAGAAGAACUACUUUGGUUGUCAAGGCUGCCAGUGUGACUUAGGUGGUGCCUUCAGCACCUCCUGUGAAGCAGUGUCCGGUCAGUGCUGGUGCAGAAAGAACACCGUCGGCCCAAAAUGCACUGAACCUGCGCCAGGCUUUUAUUUCCCAACCCUUCAUCAAUUCAAGUACGAGGUGGAAGACGGCACGACACCAAAUUCCCGACCUGUUCGGUUUGGUUAUGACCCGCAGGAGUUCCCGGAUUACAGCUGGAGGGGUUACGCCGUGCUAUCACCUGCACAGAGUGAAGUCAGAGUGAGUGUGCAUGUUGACCUGAAAGAGGGAACGGACGGCUUGUUCCGUGUGGUUCUGAGGUUCACUAACCCGACUGGCACCAGUGUGACUGGUAACGUCAAAGUUACCAAUAACCGAGGAGGGGCAGAGCAGAGCAAGGAGGUGGUGUUCCCAAAGAGUCCCUCUCCAUCAUUCCUCACCGUCCCUGGAGAGGGAUUCACCGAGCCAUUUGUGUUGACCCCAGGAAAAUGGGUUAUACAUAUAAGGGCUCAGGGAAUUCUUCUGGACUAUUUGGUCCUUCUUCCGCAGGAUUACUACGAGGCCCCACUGCUCCAAGAAAAGAUCACUGAGCCCUGCACAUACGUCCGGAAUGCAGACCAGAAUACGAACUGCCUUCUGUACAAGCACGUUGCCAUGGAAGGAUUCAGUUCUGCGCUGGCUUCACAAGGGCGGGUCACUGGUCAAAGGGGCCGCAAGAGGCGGCAGGCUCCCGUGCGCCGCCUGACUCCUGAGCACCCGGAGAUGGCUGCUAUUGAUGGAAGACAGUCCCAGCUGCAGCUCAGUCUCCGUGUGCAACACCCGGGCCCGCACGCCCUGGUUCUGGAGUACGCCAGCGAGGUGGACAGCGUCCAGAACGUGAACGUUCUCAUAAAUGACCAGUCAGGACGGCAGAUCGAAGCUAGAGCCAACAUUUAUAGUUGUGCCUACAGCUUUCUGUGCCGGAGUGUUGCGGUGGACCCUUCUAGUCAGGUCGCAGUCGUACAGCUCACGCAUAAGACCGAGCUUCUGCUGAUGACUAGGACAACCUCCUUUUUUCUGUACAAAGUGUAUGCGGUUCCUGCGGAAGAGUUUUCUCUUGAGUAUGUGAAGCCAAAGCCGCUGUGUGUGUCGAUUCAUGGCCACUUCACUGAAGACAGUCAACACUGCAUCCUGUCGCAGUUCAGCAAGCCAUCGGCAGCCAAUAUUUUGUGCGCAGCGCGCGACGGACUGAUCUCCUCCGCACCAGCUGUUGCUCCCCAAAUAGGAGAGAAUGAAAGCUGGAGACAAAAGCGACAGACCGGGCUGUUCUCUGGCUUUGAACCCAUGCGAGAUGAGAUAUUGUUGAAAUACCCCCAGACAGAGAUCACUUUCACUGCCAAGGUGCCUCUCCCAGGCAGGUAUGUGGUGGUCAUCCAUUACCGCCAGCCUGAACACAUCUCCUUCCCAGUGGAGGUUCAGGUGGAUGCUGGACACAGCUGGAAAGGUUCAAUAAACGCCUCCUUCUGCCCGUCAGUCUCCGGCUGUCGAGAUGUCGUGGUGGCUGACGGACGAAUUGCCCUCGACUUUGACCAGCAGACCUGGCAGCCGCCACGCAUCACCGUGACGGUGCCGCCGAGAAAGACCCUGGUUCUGGAUUAUAUCAUGGUGGUUCCUGAGUCCAGUUACACUCCAGACCUCCUGAGAGCCAAGCCACUGAACAAGUCAGCUGCUUUCACUCAGCAAUGCAGAGGGGACGGUUUCUAUACGGAUCGCUCAUCGUCGCAGUUCUGCAGGGAUGCAGCUCGCUCUCUGGCGGCAGCCUACAAUGAUGGAGCGCUGCCCUGCGACUGUGACACGUCAGGCUCCACAGGCUCCUCUUGUGAUCCUCUUGGAGGCCAGUGUCUCUGCAGACAGCAUGUCAUCGGGCGACAGUGCACCAAGUGUGCGACAGGAUACUUCGGCUUCCCAAACUGCCGACCCUGUAACUGUGGCGCCAGAUUGUGCGAUGAGGUGACUGGACGCUGCAUCUGCCCCCCUCAGACCAUCAAACCUGCCUGCGACGUGUGUCAGAAUGAGACUUUCAGCUACCAUCCGCUGCUGGGCUGCGAGGGAUGUGACUGCUCUAAACAGGGAGUCAAAGCAGGGCCCGACUGCGACCCCGUCACUGGGCAGUGCAGUUGCAAGCCCAGGAUUAGCGGACGACAGUGCGACCGUUGCGCUCCAGGUUUCUAUCGCUUCCCUGACUGCGUUCCGUGCAACUGCAACCUCAGCGGCGUGGGGCCUGACAUCUGUCACCCGGACACCGGCAGAUGUCACUGUAAGAAGAACGUGGCGGGUAAAUGGUGUGGUGUCUGUCGGGAGGGUUCCUUCUUUUUCGACCCGUCGAACUCUCAAGGUUGCACCAGCUGCUUCUGCUUUGGGGCGACUGACCGGUGUCAGAGCUCGCGCAAACGAAGGGGAAAGUUUGUGGACAUGCGUGGUUGGCGUUUGGAGAGCCCUGAUCAGCAGGAAGUGCCCUCGGUGUUAAACACGGUCAGUAACACUGUAGUGGCAGACAUCCAAGAGCUUCCACCGACCAUUCAAGCUCUUCACUGGGUGGCACCUUCAUCCUACCUGGGCGACCGGGUUUCCUCCUAUGGAGGCUUCCUUACCUACCAGUCCAAAUCCUUUGGGAUUCCCAGUGAGGGGAUGACUUUGAUUGACAGAUCGGCAGAUGUCCUCUUAACAGGUCGUGGAAUGAGUUUAAUCCACGUCAGUCCACAAGUCCAGAAUCCUGACAGAGUGCACCAAGGCCGUGUCCCUCUGCUGGAGGGCCAUUGGCGUCAUGCUGGUACCAACAGGCCCGUGACAAGAGAUGAGUUAUUAAAGGUUCUAGCCAGGCUGGAGGGUCUUCGGGUGAGAGGAUUGUACUACACUCAGACCCAGAGGCUCAGCCUCGGCGAGGUCGGCCUGGAGGAGGCGACUGACUCCGGAACUGGAGGACCUGCAAGCAAUGUGGAGACGUGCUCAUGUCCACCAGAGAACAAUGGAGAGUCUUGUCAGAAAUGUGCCCCUGGUUACUUCAGAAACGGCAGCGGAACAUACCUGGGUCGCUGUGUUCCCUGCGACUGCAACGGUUUGGCAGAUGAGUGCGAGGAGACGACGGGGAAGUGUCUGAACUGCCGCUACAACUCAGCCGGAGACAGAUGCGAGCGCUGCAAGGAAGGUUACUACGGGAACGCGGCUCAGCGGACGUGCAAAGUGUGUCCAUGCCCCUUCACCGAUCCCCAAAACAGUUUUGCAGUUGGUUGCAAGGAGGUCUACGGCGACAUUCAGUGUGUUUGCAGAGCCGGUUACACUGGAGACAGAUGCGAGAGGUGUGCCCCCGGUUACUACGGCGACCCUUUGAUACCAGGCGGGAAAUGCAGCCCCUGUAAUUGCAUUGGCAAUGGCAACCUCUGUGACCCCAGAACUGGAGUUUGUAAGAACACCCUGGAGCCAGGAGACACCAACACAGAUGAGCAUUGCCAAGAGUGCGACAACUGUGCGCAGACUUUACUGCACGAUCUGGAGAAGCUGGACAGCGAGCUGAAGAGGAUCAAGUCUCUGCUGGAGAACGCCAGUGUCAGCACCUUGUCUAAGGAGAAGCUGAAGGAGCUGGAGAAGGCUGUGGCUGAAACAGAGAGUCUCAUCAAGAAAUACGGCACUUCCAUGAACAACCAGAAGAACAGAGUCAGUCAGCUGGAAGAUGACAUGAGCAAUCUGGCCGAUGACAUCAGCUCUCUUAAAAGCAAGGCGGAUCGGACCGCAGAUGAUGCGGACAAGGCGGUGGCGGACCUUGACAAAACUCACAAAAAGGCAAAGGAUCUGGAGGCUGAAGUUCAAGCCAUGCUUAAAAAAAUAAAGGCUUUGCUCAACGAGAUUAUGGACGGGAGUUCCGGAGGCAGCCGACCUCCCAGCGAAGACCUGGCUAAGAUGCUGAAAGAUGCUAAACGCAUGGUGGAGGAGAUGGAAGAUCGGAACUUUGCUCCUCAGAAGGUCGCCGCGGACAAAGAAAGAGAGGAGGCUAAGAAAUUGUUGGACUACAUCAAGACAAACGUGAGCAAGACAGUGGAUGAGAACGAAGCCGAAGCACAACGCCUCCGUGGUCGGCUGAAGGACUACGAAGGCAAGCUGAAGGAGCUGGACAAGGCUUUGAAAGACUCGGCGGACUUGUUGAAGAAAGCCAAAACACAAAACGGGCUGAACAGUCAGGCCGUGAAGGAUCUGCAGAAAAGAAUAGAUGACUUGAAAAAGGAGAAGAAGACUGUGGAGAGCCAAAUGGUGAUGGCGACGAAUGAGCUGCGGAAAAUGGAGGAUUUGCUGAAGAAGCUGAAAGAUAGUAAAAAGGAGUAUGAAAAGUUGGCAGCGCAGCUGGAUGGUGCCAAAACUGACGCCACCAAAAAGGUCAAUGAGCUCACCAAGGCAGCAGACGAGGACGUGGUGGAGGCAGCAGAGGAGCAUGCUCGCAGGCUCAAGGCGCUUGCAGAUGAGCUGGAAAAAGCCAUGAGAGACGCCAACUCUCGUCCUGAAGUGCGCAAUGCUAAAGACGCCAUAGACGCCUACAAGAACAUCAUAGAUGCCAUCAGGGCUGCCGAGGAGGCGGCGAACCAAGCUAGGGACGCGGCGGAAAAAGCCUUGACUGAUUUCCAACAGCAGGAUCUCCCAGGAAGAGCUGACAAUUUAAGAAACUCAGCUGAUAACCUGGUGACAGAGGCAGUGGACGCCAAGGAUGAUCUUAAAGUGGCUGCAGACAAGAUCAACAAGGCAAAGCAGCGCCUGAAAGAUGCAGAGAAGAAGAAGCGAGAUCUUGAGAAGAAACUUGGCGAUGUCCAGAACCAGCUGAAUUCCAUAAACAGAGAUGACAUCAGUAACUUGAUCGAUGAAGUCAAGAAGGCGGCGGCAGGGGCUAACAACUCAGCCACCAACACCCUGGACAGACUGGAGGACAUCAAGAAAGAGCUUGACAAAAUCAACCUGCCUGCAGGGGGCGGCGAUCUUAGCAACGUCCUGGCUGACGUUGACAAGUCAGUUAAGAACCUGCUGAACAAUAUUCCCACGUUGACCGAUAAGAUAAAGGAAGUCGAGGAGCUGACUCGGUCCUCCAACUUGGGCAACAUCACCGACAACAUCAAGAAAAUCAAAGAGCUCAUAGAGCAUGCCCGGGACGCUGCCGACAAGGUGGCCAUCCCAAUGAAUUUCGAAGGAAAUGGACAUGUAGAGCUGCGCGCUCCAAAAAGUUUGGAGGACCUGAAGGCCUUCACAGACUUGGCUUUGUCCUUGCAAAGACCUCCGGGCCGAGGAGAUGGAAAACGCAGGCGCCGACAGGCCGGGGAAAACCCCAAUCAGUUUGUGAUGUAUCUGGGGAACAAAGAUUCUUCUAAGAACUACAUCGGAAUGGUUCUGAGGAACCACGUGCUCUUUGGGAUCUACAAACUCAAUGGAGUGGAGAAAGAAAUGAAAACAGCUUCCAUCACCAGAUCUCCGUCAGAGCUGUCGACGUUCGAUGACGUUCACCUGAGGAGAAUCUAUCAAGACGCAAGUCUGUCCCUCAGCAAGAAAACGAAAACACCGACCCCACCGAUCACAGACUCCAUCCUGGGAGAGGAAUCCAAAAACCUUCUGGAUCUCACUCAUGACGACGUGGUGUUCUACGUGGGCGGCUACCCCGACGACUUCACCCCGCCGAAUUCUUUCAAGUUGCCCAAAUACACGGGCUGCAUCGAGCUGUCCUCGUUCAACGACCGAGCCGUCAGCAUCUAUAAUUUCAAGUCGGCGGUGAACGUCAACAAAGUCGGCCCGUGCAGCAGAAACAUCCCGCGUGUCGACACAAGCUUUUAUGAAGGGACUGGAUACGGAAAGGUGGACAUCAAAAAUGGGAACUCGAAGAGCUUCAUCAUCAACAUAUCUGUUCGUUCUCGUUCAGAGAACGCAUUGCUCCUCUUCAUCGGAGAUGCUGAGAAUUACCUGGCGGUGUUGGUGCAGCAGGGCGUGGUUUAUCUGCACAGCAACCUUUUUCCGGAGCCAAAAACGAAUAACCUCAAAGUUUUUCCAGACGACAAAACGAUACAUUUUUCUCUUAUGAUAAUAAAUAAAGUACUCAUUGUUUUCCGCAUCGGGGAUGCCACUGUGGAGGAAAUCCGUAUAGCCAUCGACCACGAAAAAUUCAAAGAAUAUUACAUUGGAGGAGCUCCGACUGAAAUACGGGAAAGGUACAACAUCACCACGCCACCGUUCAAAGGCUGCCUGACGGCUUCGAAGCUGAACAACAAGGCCGUCCCGAUCGACGAGUCCGUGGGCGUCAGCAAAGGCUGCCUGGAAGGCUCCCUGGUGUCGCGCAAAGCCGAGCUCAACCGCGGAGGCUCCCUGUCGAAGGAGCUAUCGGGAUUCAGCCUGGGGAACGACGUGACCGUGUCGCUGGGAUUCAAGAGCACCGAGAACGAGGGGCUCAUUCUGCAGAACAAACAGCAGGCCAAUGGAAUCCAGCUGGGUUUGGAAAACGGCCAUGUGGUUCUGGCCUUAAACAGCAAGAAAUGGAAAUCGAAGCAGCCAUACAAUGACGGCCUGUGGCACUACCUGACCGUGACCAAGCGAGGCGCCAGAGUGGAGCUGAUGAUCGACGACCAGGACAGCGGUCAGGAGCAGGCCGGCAGCAUCGACAUCCCCACCACCGCCAACUCGCUGUACCUUGGCAAAAAGCUGUUCCAAGGCUGCGUCGCAAACCUUUACACCAGACGGCCUCAGAGUCUGUACAAACCUGAAGAUUUGAGCGACUUUGAAUCCACCGGAAGAGUCCUGAUGGACAUGUGCACCGCGGACAGCCGCGCCCAGCAGAUGCUCGACCGCAAACCCAAGAAGGAUUCCAUGAAGCCGGCCAUGAACGAGAGCGUCUCACACUGUGUCCAGCCAGCGGUGGUCAAACGGGCCUAUCACCUGGGGGGUCCGAUCAGCAGCCUCAGCUACGGCCUCCCUCUCCAGGUGCUGCUGCCUCGGCCUCACUUCUCUCUGGAUGUCAAGACCCGCUCCGCUGAGGGUCUGCUGUUCUUCGCCGGCACCAGAGGGGGGGUCGCUCACCUGGCCCUCUACAUGUCCAAAGGCAGGAUCAGACUGUCCGUGGGGAAACAUCAAGAGAUCUUCAACAGGGAGAAGUACAACGACGGAAAGUGGCACUCGGUGAUGUUCAGUCUGGAGAAGAAGAAGUUCCGUCUGGUGGUGGAUGGGAUCCGAGCCCUGGAUGGACAACUGACCGCCGCCCAGCUCGCCGCCAUGAAGCAGUUCGCGUCUCCAGUGUACGUGGGCAACGCUCCCGAAUCUUUCCACAAGCAACUGAAGUCCAAAGACCUUCCCAAGCACAGCGUGUCGGGCUGCGUGAAGAACUUCAAGAUGAACGGAGCCCCGAUAGCUCCCACCAGCAAUCGAGGGGCGGGGCCUUGCUUUGAGGGACAGACGCAGAGAGGAGCCUUCUUCACUGGGAACGGAGGACAUGUCGUCAUCAAUGAGUCGUUCGUGGUGGGCUCCAGUUUUGAGAUGCUGAUGAACAUCCGUCCGCGGACUCUGACCGGGCUCCUGCUGCACGUGGGAGAUUCUGGCCAGGCUCAGAGCCGACCUGCCGACAGUCACUACCUCAGCGUCUACAUGCUCCGAGGAGAGAUCGUGGCUCAGGUGAACAACGGCAGAGGAGAGUUCAGGGUGUCGGUCCAGCCCAAGAAACCAUUAUGUGAUGGAAUGUUCCACAAGAUUUCAGUGAUCAAGAGGAAGAACGUCAUCCAACUUUACGUGGACACUCUGGAUAACUACAAGAUCGGACCCCCGUCAUCGACCACCACCCUGACCAAAGACCCGCUCUUUGUUGGAGGCAUGCCGGACGCGACGGUGCCGAACGCACCUCCUGUUACGGCCUCCUUCGUCGGCUGCAUUCAGGACAUGAGGAUCAACGGCGAAGCCGUCGCCUUCGACAGGUUGGCUUCAGUGUUCGGGCCGCUCAACCUCCGAGAGUGUCCCGGCUGAUCCGAAUGUGCGGAACACAACCAUGGGACCACGUCCGCCUUCGAAUGUGCAAUCUGUUUCCAAGACAGCGAAUGUGUGUGUGUCGUGAUCGGUGCGGUUGUUUGUGUGUGUGUUUGUCAGAGCAACUAUUCUCAAAGUAUUUAUUUAUACUUCUAAUCACCGACUCCUGAAGAGCUUCCUCAUGUGGAAGCUCCAAGCUGUUAAACAUCUGUGUGAUCUUCAAAGCUACACUAUCAGCACUUUAAAAUGCCUUUCGGUUCCACGGUGCUACAGUGGAGAACAGUAAUCUUUACAUAUGUUGUUGGUGGACUCUUGUAUUUGCAGUUUACAUCUUUGUAUUGAAUUUAAAAUCAGGGUUUUGAGCUUGCAUGGAUGGUCUUUUCUGUCCGUUGUUUUGUGAUCACCUGGGCAGUUUGCAUUCCUUCUUUUUAAACGUCAAAAAAAAAAAAAAAAACCCGCAUGCAUGGUAAUCCGAGACUUUUCACAUGCAUUCCUUCAGUUUCCUGCCAUCCUCUGAUCAUAAUCUGAUGCAAGACGUUAAAUGAUAUUUAUCAUGUGUACAGAUUUUGAUUGUACCUA